UAACUGUCAAUCAGUCAGUAAAAUUGUCAAACGGCUGUGUUUUCUUUGAUAUCACUUUCAUCAAUUUGUCGAGUCCUCUGUGUAUUUUUGCAAAAAACCGAUUUCGUUUAGAAAUUGUUCAAUUACAAUGAUAAUUAUUGGUCUCACUUGAAAGCUAGUGAGUUUGUCGUUCUACUAGUGCAUUUCUUUAAUAGAAUAGACAAUUAAGGUGAUGGAUAGAGGUGGUGGCGUCUACGAUAUGAGUCGAAGAGCCGGGGAUUUCGCGCGGCGCAUCCAAAGAAUCAUUGAUGGUCCGAUCACGAGGAAGAAAUUGGUAUUGUUAUGCCUUAUUGCCGUGUUCUUACUUUUAUAUAUUGGGCCAGGAUUAAUGAAUUGGCUGUUCGGGGCCGAAGACUCUGUGUCAUACCAAAAUGUAUGUCAGAAAAACUUCCUUAAUCCAUUUCAGGAGGCCCUUAACGAGUACGACGUGUAUAUAAGGCAAGAGUCACUGGCCACACUGUCUACUUUAAGCUAUAAUUAUGUGCCUUACGUAGGUAAUGGGUUGAUAGGACUUACUUUGGACCAUGAUGCCCAUUUUAACAUCAAACAUGGCCGGUCCUUAUCUUUACCGGUGUAUUACCACCCUCUAUACAUAAUAGAAGAUUAUGACAUGAGAGAGUACACUGUUACUGAGUAUAGGAAGGGAAUCGUCCAUAGAUUUCAAUGUAGCAACUCAGGUUUACAGAUCUCAUACAAGUAUUAUGCACACAGGACAAUACCGUCAUUGUUUGUUCAAGAAAUUUGGAUCAACAAUCCCACGAACACUGGUAAAACUCUGCGAAUCUCUAUGCCAAGAAUUUCAGAGUGGCCCACAGCGGUUAAACAAACAGUAAAAUUGCAUCAGGGUGUCGAUACGAAAGAUUAUGAGGUAUAUACAGGAAUGAUACAACUGCCUGAUAGUGAGAAUGUUGUUGCCGUAUCAGUGGUGAGUAGGAAACUGAGUAAUAACAUUCAAAUUGGGGCCAGGGAUGGUAUAGACAUCUUAGUUUUAACUACUGUGCAGUACAGCAAUCCUAUUAAAAAAGCUGAUUAUGCGAAACACAAGGAUGUAGUUGAGAAGAAAGCUAUAGCUGAAAUGGAAAAGGUUAUAGGUCUAACAUGGGACAGAAAUGCAGUUAGAACUCUUCAAGAUAACCAUGCGAGGGUCUGGCAAGGUCUUUGGUACACUGGCUUUUACAUAUCAGACUCAAAGGCAGAAGGUGUUAUAAAUGGAGAUCGCAUAAAUGCUACAAUAUAUACAAUCUUAUCACAGGUCAGUAGUUAUGAACACGAAGAACAUAUAAAACCAGCGAGGAAAGCUGAUAUACUACGGGCGUUGACUUAUUCGGAAGGUUGCUAUGAAGGGCAUUCUACUUUGGACGCAUUGAACUUAUGGAAGCCUCUGAGUUCGUUGUCAAAUAUAAACGAUGUAGCCAGCCUUUGGCUGCUAACAUUGGAGAAACAAGGCUGUUAUAAAUUGCUCGCAGCAGGUGCCAGCGGUGUGAAUCAAGCAAUGAUACUUAGUUUUGGAAGCUUACGUUUCAGUAAUCAACAUUUAGAAUACAACAUACACCCAUCAAAGUUACAUAGAGACUUUCUUUUCAGACGUGUCACAUAUGGAAACAUGACACAUGUUAAUAUAAGUGUUAUUUUACAAGAGGACAAUAAAGCAGCUAUAUUUGUUGCAUUAGAUCGUUCAGAUAAGACAUAUUACGCUUGCGAUGCAGGCUGUUUAGACGCGCCUGUGCAGUUAGGACCUUACAAGAAGUAUUUCCCUGUGAAACUGACAGAACCGUUAACAGCAAUUUUGUAUAUAACUGCUGAUAAGCAACACAUGGAAGACCUAAGGCACGCUAUACACGUACAUGAAGUAGUUGAGGCACCAGCACAUGAGAAUCAUGUGAUAGCGUUGCACAAGCACGGUUAUAGUUUAGGGGGCCUGAACCCCCUAUUCUGGAUUUCUAUUAUACUUUUAAUAGUGGUCUUCCAUUUGUUCCUGUGUAGGAUAAUUAUGAAUGAGUUUUGUGAUAGCGGCGUCAGCUACAGGAGGCUUUAUAACAAACCUUGAAAUGUUGGUUAUGCCUUAAGUGCUUUGGUAUACUAACAAUGUCCAGUGCCGACUGAAAACUAAGGAUGGGUAAUAUGUAAUAAUAUCUAUAUAUUGUAGUUACAAUAUCUAUACGUAUAACAGAUAGAUACUGGUUUUUUUUUUAUGGGUGAAAAUGGUAACAACGCCUGCGCUAACGUGAUACGCUGGCGAAACAUCAGUGAAGGGUGAUAGAUGAGAAUGAAAACAAUCCAGUUAGCCCAUCAUGAUGAAUUCAUUAGGAAUUAACCAUGAUAGUUUCCAGGGGGAACCGCGAGGAGGUCGACCUGGUUGGGUAUAUUGCAAGCAAUGGGAUUCCCAGUCUCCAUUACUAACAAUCCCUUUCUCCCCGAUAGAUACUAGUUAUCCAAUAUAUAAUAUCGAAAAAAGAACCUGUUUGUAAUGAAUAAAGAUCUCUGGCUAGUAUGGACGGUAUCGCAAUAGGUGGUCAUCAAUAUCUAGUAGAACUCAAUAUAUAGUUAUCGGAUAUUACCCAUCUCUACUGAAAACUACAUACCAGUAUCUUGUUAUGUAUAUCUAAACUGAUACAUAGUUUUGGUAAUGAUCAAACAUGCUGAAUGAUUAAGUUAUAAGUAUAACGAGAAAGGCAGGAUUAUCGUAUCUGUUGAGAAACGCUCAUUUUUAUGCUGUACCAAUUGGAAACGCUUAGAACGAGUUUUUUAAGUAGACACUUAUUAGAUAUUAUUAAAGACAUACUUUAUUCCACGUUUCGUAGUUCUGAUCACUUUCUAAUUUGAACUAAUUUCAAACAUAGAAAUCUUUGUACACGAUUCGACAUUGAUUUCGUCUAGUGUUCCCAAUUUGUAUAAUAAAACAUCCAAUUUGUAUAUUUAUCUGGAUGAAUAAAAAAUAGGUAUUUAUUAUUCAAGUAGGUAUAUCUAUCUACAUUUUCCAAUCAGUGAGAACUAACAGUAAAACUAAGGUAUCUAUAGUUUUUUUUUAUUUCUUUGUUGAUUUAAGCUCUAAUAAUCUCGCGGUUGUCAUUUUAUUCUAUUACCUGCAUCCAUCUAUGUAAAGCUGAUAUUUGCUUGGCAGCGUAAGGUAUACUUAAGGCCAUACCUAUACACCUUUUCAGCAGUGGACAGCUUAUGGCUAAUAUAUUGACAAUUAAAAAGUGCUCUGCUAACGAAGUGAAACGUUAAUCCUGCAUCAAUAUUGUUAUAAAGCUGGUACUGGGAAUUUAGAUUUUUAUGUCUAAAAUGUAUUUUUUUUCCUCUUGUUAUCUGCAAUCGGCUCUUCCAUAACAGCCAUAAUCAGAUAGUGUCAUGUGUGAAAAUUAGCGUUUUGAGAAGCAGUCCCUGUCAGUGGUCUGCUCUCUUAGAAUGAUUUUGUAAAGCUCAUCAAACUCUAGUGUCAAGGUUCAAUACAAGCCAUCGUCUUAGUCUCGUAGAUUGUUGUGCUGUGAGUAGUUCUCCAGCCAGGUCAUUCGUAUGAUUUAUAAGGCGCUGUUUAUAUUUUUUGCUGUUCAUCCUUAUCUCUUCUUUAAUAGUAUUAAUUUGCAUAUAAUUAUGUAUCUCCUCAUUUCUAACAAACCAUGGAGAUUUAAUAAUGUUUCUUAAAGUAAUGUUCUGAAAUCUCUGCAAAAUCUCUAUAUUGGAAUUACUAGCAGAACCCCACAGUUGGAUCCCGUAAGUCCAUAUAGGUUUUAUUAUGCAUUUAUACAUAAGCAUCUUGUUAUUUGAAAAAUUCCGAAGCAAAAUAUGUAGUAGGUGUACAGUUUCUAGUGGUAAAUUUAUUUGCAAUAUAUUCUAUGAUCAACGUUUUAUUGUUACUAG